AUGGAAACCUCACCACCACCCUAUCCAGGCCCACCCGAACAAACCCCCGUAGUACAUACAAUAAAAACCACCACCACACAGCCCGAGGACCCAGACCUCGAAACCCACAUCCACCCCCAUACCCUCCUCGUCAGCAUCACCCGCAAAGACGCCCAGAUCCUCCCCACGGUCCUCCACUACUGGAACCACGACUCGUCCAUCGCUAUCUUAACGAAGCUCACCGCGGCCCAAUUAGACCAUAUUCGCGGAUUUAAAGAGGUAGGGACUUUUCCUCCGCCUGUAGAGGGCGUCUGUGAUUCUCUUGCUCUGCAUCGUUGUUUUGCAUCCCUGGUUGAGGGGAAGGGGAAUCGGGAGGCUGUUGAUGAAGUUAUCUCUCAGUUGAGAGGUAGUGGUGAUAUUACUUCAAGUAAGGAUUGUGAGGUUGAGUUUUGCGUCUUUGUCAUCACGGUGUUUGGGGUCAAGUCGGAGGGCUUGUUGACGGGUGGGUUGGCGCCCGUUUGGAAGUGGGCGAAGCCUGAGAGUGUUUAUUAUCCGAGGACGGGCUUUUGGGAGGCGGAGGUGGAGUCGGUUCUUGCUGAUGCUGAGUGGAUGGCGGGGAGAGGGUUGCAAUUGUUGAUGCAGGGUGUUUCGGAGGAGACGAAGCAGGAAUUGAGACGUGCUAGGAGUAAAAUUACGAGUAUCGAUUGGGAUAUAGACUGUUUGGGAUUCUUGAGAUAA